AUGUGCGCGGACUCCUUCGAGGGCAUGCAUAGGUAUUCUAAAUCUAUUGGUAAAACAGAUUGUACAGAUGUUCACUCAGAUAGUACAGAUAUUCAUCCAAAUUGUACAGAUGUUCAUGCAGAUUGUACAGAUGGUUAUACAAAUUGUAGAAAUGGUUAUACAGAUUGUGCAGAUGUUUAUACAGAUUGUACAAAUGUUUACACAGAUUGUACAGAUGGUUAUACAGAUUGUACAGUUGUUUAUACAAAUUGUACAAAUGUUUACACAGAUUGUACAAAUGUUUACACCGAUUUUAUAUACGCUUAUGCAGAUUGCACAUGUCUUUACACCAAUUGUAAAGAUUUUUACACCGAUUGUACAAAUAUUUAUACCGAUUGUUCAGAUGUUUAUCCAGACUUUGCAGAUGGUUUUACAUAUUGUACAGAUGUUUAUACAGAUUGUCCAGUUGUUUACAACAACUGUACAGAUGUUGAUACAGAUCGUACAGAUGUUUACACCGAUUCUACAGGUGUUUAUACAAAUUCUAAAGAUGUUUUUACAGAUUCUACAGCUGUUUAUACAGAUUGUACGAAUAUUUACACCGAUUGUACAGAUGUCUACACAGAUUUUACAGAUGUUCUUACAGACUGUACACAUGUUUUUACAGAUUGCACAGAUGUUUACACCGGUUGUACAGAUGAUUUUACAGAUUCUACAGAUGUUUAUACAAAUUGUUCAUAUGUUUAUGCAGAUUUUACGGAUGUUUAUGCAGAUUGUACAAAUGUUUACACAGAUUGUACAAAUGGUUAUUCAGAUUCAAAUUGGAAUUCCUCAUCACCGGCAGAUUUUUGA